UAUUCGUGGGGGGGCGAUGACAGAGCUAUUGGUGGCGGCGGUCCAUAGAUUGGGGACAUGACGGCAGGGUCUUGUAUCAAGGGUACUACAGUCGGUGUCGGAGGGGGCGUCGGGAUGAGUUCUUGUAUCGGGAGUGCAUGACUGACGGGUUGAGGCACACUGUGUGGCUCUGUCGUCGGUGGGAAAUUGCUAUCUAUUGCGGCAACUUUCGCAGCAACUUGGUUGAAAACGUCGUCAACAUGGAACGUCGUGUCGAAUGGCGAUGCCAAUGGAGCGACUCCAUCUUGCAAUGGGGGGUCGACAUGGUCCGAGCGAAACGAAUGAACUGCUUGGGAAAGAGGCAACGAAGCAUACGAAGGCGCGUCGAGAAGGCCGAGUCGAGAGCGGAGUCGGUGGAUCGUCACUUCCGGAUCUUCUACGAGCACGUCGUCUGGGUGGACCGAGUACCAGGCCGACUCGAUGCUGCUGCUCAUGGAACCUCCCCCGCCUUGCGCGUCGAGUCCAUCCAUGUGGAGAUGCGUCGAGGAGAAUGUAGCAGGGAUAUCCACGUGAGAAUCCAGAAAUGACGAUGACCUGUUGGAAGCAAAGUCGUCCCAAAAUGAAGGGUGGAACUCGUGGAGUUUGUUGAGAGCAUGCAGGUCGUUGUCCAUGGCAAGGGGCCUGGACGGUUGAACAAAGGAGUCGCUGCUUUGGCCUGCGAAGGAAUUGUCGAACGGCAACGGCGUGGAUGGUGGAGGCGGCGGUGGCGGCGGCGACGGUGGUGGCGACGGUCGUGCAUUUGAUGUGAUUGGUUCUAUCGUUGCUGAAAGCUCAUCCAUGGACAUAGCUUUGUCUGACGCAGCAUGAUUCCCGCUGACUUCUUCAUAGGAGGCAACGCUAGCGCUAGCAUCGCCGCCGUCAUUGUCGUUGGUUUCCGCAUUGCCGUUGUCGUCG